UCACUCCGCAAAUCACGGUCGUGAAAUUCGUGUGCUCGUCUACACUGUGCACAGAGGUAGUACGUAAACACUACGAAAGAAGCCUUGUUCAAAUGUGCGUGUCGUUGUUUAGAUCAAGCAUUUUGGCAAUGACAUAACCCAGUUGGCUAGAUCAGUAAACAAACUUAACUCUACGUAGGAGCUUACAAUUGCGCUUGCAGGAUUUAGCAAUAGCCUGAUGGGUCCAGACAUGACAGAACAAUACGUUUUAUUCAUUUUUUAAAUCUAGCCUACUUGGUAAGACAAACCGUUCUUAUGAAUUGUUAAGACGAUUUUAAUUGAUAAUUACAUUACAAAUGUCACAGUUUACUCGAUCUUACACUUGCCGAUUAUCUGUCCAUUUACAUUUUGCUCAUUUAAAAUUUUACCGAACAAGCCCUGACGCUUGACCAUAUACCAUGGGUCCGCUACAGAGGAGCGUGUUCUGGAAACUCUGUGUCCUGUACUUUUUAACGGCAUUUAUGUUUUUCGCGGAUGUGUUUACUGUAAAUAUGAUGUCAUGUGUUCAACCGCAUGAGAGAGUUGAUCACAACUUCACUCCGAAUUGCACCGAUUCCAUAUUCGCGGAAGAAAAUGAUUACACUUUGAAGAAUGUUACAGAAAGCGUCAAUAGUUCAGGAUAUGGGGAAGUAGAGCUCUUGGUGUACGCGCAGACCCUGUACAUGACUGGCCUCCUUCUGGGCUGUCCAGUGGGCGGGGCUUUCGCUGACAGAUAUGGGAAACAGCGCCUCCUGGUGGUCAGUGCUGCAUUGCAGGCGGUCACGGCCCUGUGCUCGGCCUUCUCCCCGUACACGGGCUUCCACCUGGCGGCUCGCUGUGCGGCGGGAUUCAUGUGCUGUGGGAUCAUCAGCAGCAGCUUCAGUUUGGGUGUGGAGUGGAGCAUGCCCAGGUACCGCACCUGGCCCCCAGCACUGCUGUCCUUCUCCUUCAGCCUGGGCAUGAUGGGCCUGGCAGGGGCAGCAUACCUGUGCUCCACCGUGAAGCAGCUCUACCUGAGCAUGGCUGUCCCUCAGCUUCUGUGUCUGCCCCUCUACCUUACCAUCCCAGAGUCACCCAAAUGGCUGUUUCUGAAAGGAAAGAUGGAGGUUGUGGAGCAAUAUCAGGCCAGGAGCCAGCAGGACAGGAGGAAUCUGGAGCAGCUCCUCGGCAUCCUGGGAAAGGAGGCUCAGAAGCCCAGUGAAACAGACAUCAUACAAAAAAGACACGGUGACCUGGUACACUUCAAAUCCCCCACCAUCCUACUGAGGCUGUUUGUUACAAGUUAUAUUGGCUUGGCCUCAGCCCUAACGUACUACGGGAUCUGCUUUAACGUGGGGAGCUUCGGGGUGGACGUGUACCUAGCGCAGUUCUUCUCCGGCCUAUCAGAGACGCCCUCUCUCCUGAUGCCCUUCCUGCUGGGCUGCUGGGGCCGACGCCCCUUUUCCAUGAUGUCACUCUUCCUCAGCGGCUCUGCCUGCCUGGUCUCCCUCCUCAUCUCCAGGUUCAGCAAUGUCCCUGCUCUUGUGAUGGGAUUCGCUCUGAUGGGGAAACUGUGUGUGCAGAUCACCACGUGUGUGACAAUACUCUACACAAUAGAGCUCUUCCCAACAGUCAUACGGCAGAAGUGUGUGGGCGCGGUGUCCCUGUGGUACCGGCUGGGCUGCGUUGCGAACGCCGUGGUGGAUUUUCGAGGAGGGAUCCCCCUGGUGGCCAUGCUGUGUUACGGCAGCGCGCCCAUCCUGGGGGCGGGGCUCUGCCUGCUGCUGCCCGAGACCAGCGGCAAGCCCCUCCCUGACACCGUGCAGGACUGCGAGGCCCAGGGCCGGCGCCUCUCUGCUGCCCCCCGCUGGGGAGAGGGCGGCAACGCGGGUCCCACUCCACAGAAGCCUUUCUGUGUUAGUCAUGCAGCUGAGGUUCCUUGCGUCCCCUGUAUAUUCAAGCUGUAACUGCCACUAAACCAUGACUGGGUUAUUUAUAAAAACCCCACGCUGAUGUAGAUAUGGCCUUGUCACUGUUUAACGUUUAUGCUACAUGUUUGAGGGCUGCGAGGGAAGUUUGUUGUGUGCCACUUUGACAAUAAUAUUUAUUGUUCAAUAAUAUUGAGUAUUCAAGCAAUUGAACAGUCGAACUGCAAAGAAAUCAACAUCGCACACCUCCCAGUUAUUAAACAUUCAAUC